AUGUCCAACACCGCCCCGUCGCAGGCCAAGGCCGAAUCAGACCAGCCCCAGCAGCAACAGAAGCCCCAGGUCCUGGAGGAAGACGACGAGUUUGAGGACUUCCCGGUGGAAGACUGGCCCCAAGAAGAAGCUGAGCAAGCAUCCGGCGCGGCGAACGGUGGGAAUGAGCAUCUGUGGGAGGAAAGCUGGGAUGAUGAUGAUGCCGCGGAGGAUUUCUCCAAGCAGUUGAAGGAGGAGCUCAAGAAAGUCGAGGCCUCGUCCUAA